AUGUUACCAUUGGCACCAACAUAUCAAACAGUUUUGGCUGUACAAGUAUGUACAUUGCAACAUUAUCUUGAAGAUAUUGCACAAGGACAAGUGGCUUAUUCUUUCGUAAUGUUUUGUAUGCAUCAAAUAGGUCCACAAGAAUGGAGAAAAAGAAGUUUUCUUUGAAUUUGCGUUGGUAUUCAAUGGUUAUGCAGUUAUCUGCUUCCAUUACCUCAAAUAUUAAUGUCAAAUAUCUUCAUUUGUUUUGCAUUUUUUCCAAAUCAAUUUUUUGUCAUUUAUAGUGUGGCAUUUCUUCUUGCUUUACCUGUAUUUCUUCAUUUAAUGAUUUGUAUCAUAAUGACUAUAUUCAAAACAAAUGAAACAACAAAUAAUCAAAUAUAUCCUGCUGGUCAAAUAAAUUCAAUUGAAAUAGAUCAUCAAUUAUUGAUGAAGUAUAUGCUAAUUAUGGCUUUAUUAUUUGAUAUUAUUGGUUAUGGACCACGAAGCAUAUUAGCUGUAAUUGAUUAUCAAUUACAACAAAGCAUUGCUAUUUAUGCAGUAUUGGAAAUUCUUCCAUCGCUUUGCCUUUUGAUUGAUCUUGGUUUAUUGUACAAAAUGAAUAAAGAAGUUCGAAAAAAGUUUACAUCAGUAUGUGGAUGUUAA